AUGCCCGACAAGCGAAAACCACCCGCUUCUCUAUCUGGCUCGUCGCCGCAUGCAAAACGCCCCCGCACCUCCUACGCUGAUUAUGACGAGGACGAAAUGCCUCCCGCCGUGACUCCGUACGAGCGCCCGCGCAACAACCCGGUAUACGGGCAGAAGAGCGCCUUUCCGGGUCUCGACACCGCCGGAUACGAUGAAUUAUUCUACGGUCCCGCAGAAGAUGGACUGGAGUAUCUUCGCAUGGUCCGAUCCGAAGCCAACUCAUUACCUUUCCUAUUCAACGCCCCUAAGCCUACAGAGCCGGCCGACGAACCAACGAUAACGAACGACGGAACCGAAGAAGAGCCAAAGGAAAGCGAGGAAAUCGUGGAAAAAACAGAGACUAUCGUCGAGGGUGUUUACGCUGAUGGUAUCUAUGCCGCAUCUGCAUCGAUCACGACGGGUGCGCCAGGGCACCUAGACAUCGCCCAAACGACAUACUCGGAUGCGCAAGCUAGCUAUUACAAUCUUCUGCGCCAUCGAUUUCUUCUCCUUCGAUCCAUUCUGAAAUGUUCACCCCCGUCGACUGCGAUUGCCGCGUUGGACGAAUCCCACCCGAUCAGCCUGCCGCGACAUUCGAAGAACGCGUGCAGGGAAUGGCGGCGUUUAUUGCUAGCGGUGGAUCCACAGACGGUGCAGCUGGCGUGUAUGGAUAUGGAUAGUGUCCUAAGAGUGCUGGGGAUCAUGGCACGUCUGAUGUCUGAAAAUGUACGCAGCGGCGAUGCAGAGCGGAUCCGACGAAUCGGGGCCUGGGCCUGGGGCUUACUGAGCAGAUGUCGCGAUGUCGGACAGCUGGGGACGGAGGAAGUGGGCGAAAUUCGCGAGCUGGGAAAGCGCGCCGUGAAGAUUCUGCGGAAGAUAAAGGAGGAAGAUGAGAAGAACAAUCGAUCGGUCGCCGAGAGUGGAGGAGACGCAUUCGACGAAGAGUUCGACGAGGAUAAUCGAGCAGACGACCAGGAGCAGGCGCAAGGGUCCGAAGACCAGCCUAAAGCUGCCAGCGAUCCUGCAUCUGCGGAGGCUCCUGAUAAUGACAUGCCCGAUGCGGAGGAAGAGCCAUCUACUGACGAACUAGAGCAGGCGAAAGCCCGACUUCAAGCGAAGAUUCAGGACGAGCCGCAGGCUAAUGCGCCAGAGACAUCAGAACCAGUUCCAAGCGCCGAAGACCCUACCGUUGAAGCCUCCAUGCAGACUCGCGCUAUGCUGGACAUGAUAAUUACUGUGAUAGGCGAAUACUAUGGACAGCGAGACUUACUGGAGGCACGGGAGCUCUGGAUGGGGCCAACAGAGGAAGAGUUGGCAGAGUAG